AUGGCCUCAGCGCUUGCUCCAGGCGAACGAGGCCCGGCGCCCCUUCUUGCCGGGCAUCUUGGACAUCUUCUGGCGCGUGUCCUCGAGGAGGCAGAAGCCAGCCUGCUGGGGGCAUCGUGGCAGCCCGCGUUGGCCUGGAAGAGCGCCCUGGCCACCGCCAGCCGCGCGGCCCCCGCCUGGCCGCUCGGGCCCCCGCCCGCCACCUCCACGAACACGUCGAACACGCCCGCGGUGCCCGUGAGCUUGAAGGGCUGGCAGACGUCGAAGCGGUGGUACAGCACGGGCGCGGGCGUACAUGUCCGACUCGCCGUUCACCUUGAAGACCCCCGUGCCGCGGACCAGGACCGCGUGCGCGGCGGCACGCUUGCGCGUGCCGUGGCCCUCGGCGCGCGACAGCCACUCCUGCCCGCCGUGCCAGAAGGUGGGGGGCAUGCCAGGGUGGAAGUGCCGCUGGAUGGUCUCUCGCCGCCCACGUCCUGGAUGAUGCGGGCGGCCUCCGAGGGCCCGCCGGCCUCCGGCGCCUCCGCCUCCGCCGCCGGUCCUGGGGCGCGUCCUCAUCCGGCGCAUCGCGCCGGACCUCCGGCAGCAGCUCGAAGAAGUUCUCCAGCAGGAAGGGCCGGUCGCGGGGCGAGAACGGCGGCGACCUCACGAUCUGGAGCUGACCUCCCGUGUGGUCCAGUAGCCGGCCUCCUUGGCGAGGUACAGCGCCUCGUCCAGGGAGAGUUUCAGGCCGGCCUCCUGGUCCGGGAAUCGUAUACGGCCUCGGACUGCCGGCCUCGCGGCCGCCGGGCCGCCCGGGACGCCCGCCGCGGCGCCCGCCGCACGCCGCAGCGC